CAAUUUGAAGCCCUCAGCUGGGUGGGGGACAUGAGUAGCAGUAGUGCCAGUACUAGUACUGCCGGUGGUACUACUACUUCUGCCGAUGGUUCCACAUCCUCUUCGUUUUGGCGCAACAACAGCCGUACCAUACCCGGGCGACCGACAACGGUCGGGUCUGGGCGCAUCGGGAGCGGCCGUCCGAUCGGAUCGAGCUCGUCCGGUGGAAGCUCAUCCUUUCAGGACUAUCAAGACUCCGUGAGCGAUGCGUGGGAUUUGGGCGACGAUGAAUUUUGUAUCAUUUCCGGCGUAGUGGACACGCGCAUAUCAAAACGAGCUUCACAGACAGCGGCAUUGAAUGUGAUUAAAACUCACAAAAGCGGCACUGCUUCCGGUAGCGUUGUUGGACCCAAACCAUCAUAUUAUGUCCGCUCGGACGUGCCGGAAUCAAGUAGUGCAUCGACGACAGAAUCGGGUCGGAUAGUGACAGAACAUCCCGACGAGGAAGGUUCGCCCGUAACGGCUGCCUUGCGAAUAGAACACUUAGAUAUCCAAACACAGCCACACCAACAACAAGGCCAACAGCAGCAGUCCAACGAUGGGAUGGGAUACGUCAACGAUCAGCGCCUUCGCCAACGGUUUCAUGCGUACCCGGGACGACCUCAGCUGCUAAAACUCUCCUCCAACGUCGCCUCCAAGGAUGUGGAGUGUGAAUCGAAGUACGAAAAGUUUAGCAACAUUCUCGAAGCUCCCCUACUAAACCUGAUUGCGCUGAAGGAGCUCAGCUGGUCGGGUGUGCCGCGAAAAAUGCGUGCCGUCACGUGGAGACUUCUGUCCGGCUACCUUCCCACCAGCCUGGAACGCCGUCAAACGGUACUGGAACGGAAGCGUGUCGACUAUCGGAAGCUGGUGCAGCAGUACUUCGAUGCGGACAGUCGAGACGAAAGCCAGCAGGACACUUACCGCCAGAUACACAUCGAUGUGCCGCGCAUGAAUCCACAUGUGUCACUGUUUCAGCAGACGCUGGUACAGGAAAUGUUUGAGCGCAUACUGUUCAUCUGGGCCAUACGGCAUCCGGCGUCCGGAUAUGUGCAGGGCAUCAACGAUCUCGUAACACCGUUUUUUAUCGUCUUUCUGCAGGAAGCUGUCGGAGCGGAUAAAGACCUGGAGCAGUGCCAAUUGGGUGACCUCAGCAUUGAACAGCGAGACAUUAUCGAAUCCGAUUCGUUUUGGUGUUUGUCCAAAUUUCUCGAUUGCAUCCAGGAUAAUUACAUUUUUGCACAGCUCGGCAUACAGGCAAAGGUUAAUCAGCUGAAGGAACUGAUACAGCGAAUCGACGGAACGCUUCACCGACAUCUGCAGCUACACGGUGUCGAUUAUUUGCAAUUUUCUUUCCGCUGGAUGAACAAUCUCCUCACACGGGAACUGCCACUGUACUGUACUAUCCGUCUUUGGGACACCUAUCUGGCCGAGUCGGACGGGUUUGCGGUGUUUCAGCUGUACGUGUGUGCCGCCUUUUUGCUGCACUGGAGAGAACAGUUGCUUCAGGAGAAAGAUUUUCAGGGACUCAUGCUGUUGCUGCAAAACCUGCCCACACACAACUGGAUGGAUUCGCAUAUCGGAGUGCUGGUGGCGGAAGCGUUUCGCCUUAAGUUCACAUAUGCCGAUGCCCCCAAGCACCUCGAAGCCAAAAGUUGACCCGGAUUGACGCUGGACGGUGGGUACUAUCACAACUACUGUAGAAACUAUUUGUACAAGUUUAUUUGAAACGAUU